AUGCCAGCAUCGAGGAGCGGUGAAAGGCUACACACCGGAGGAGGCGAGUCGUCGACGCACGCAGCAUCGUCUUCGAGGUCGAAACCUGCCUCAUCAAGAGUCCCCGCCAGCAGGCUCGACGCAAAGGCAUCCAGCAUCGCUCAUCGUCGCGCACUCGGCGACGUCAGCAACUUUGACAAGAAGCAGACGUCGUCCAAUGGCCACCACUUCGAAGACGGCAAGUACAAGUCAUCUGGCGUGUCCACCGCAUCGAGCGCACUUCGUCGCGAGGUCAAGAACAGGGGAUCAGCAUCGUCCGUGGAGUCGGCCUCGACGCAGUCAUCCCACCAAGCCGUAAAGAGAGUUCGCUCCUCGGCCAUGGUGGGACUCAGGCAGCCUGUAUCUACAGCAUUCGCACGAUCAGCAAGCAGCGGCUCAGUCAGAGUACCAUCGGCUGCAGCAGCAUCAGCCUCGAUCCACCUCCCUCAUUCUCAGCCCAUCACGACGGCGCAUAUGGACCUCGACGCUGCAGCGGCUAGCAUCUCCAAGAGCAGGAGCAACGGCGCAAUCGUCGACGCAGCACGCACUACCAAGCGACCGGCCAGCUUCGACUCGGCAGAGGACGAGAAGAUGAGCCCAGACACCUCGGACAAUGACGAUGACGAGGAGGAAGGCGACCCAACGGGCGACGAUGACGACUUCUCGUCUUCAGAGGAGGACGAAGCAGAGUCAGACCAACACUCUGGCGUAGUCAGUCAGCAAGCUCGCCAUCGUCACCAACCCCACGACGUCGACAUCGACGAUGCAGACAGCGCAGAGUCGGCCGAAGAAGACGACAGCGACGCAGAGGCAGAGGCAGCCCUCCUCUUCAACCCAGACCCAGAUUGCCUCGUCAGCCUGCCACCAGCAUUCCAGGCAGAGGCGUUGCACAAGGUCGCCGUCGCCACGUCACGGUACGAGCAGGACGUCAUUCUGCCUCAAAUGGCAAAGGCAGCAGCAGAGCGAAGGGCCGCCGUCCUGGCAGGCGAGAUCCCCGCUGACAUCGCAGCCCACGACGACGAGCUUGCAGAGAUGGGUCUGGACCCGGAAGACGUCCGCGACACGAGCAUGGUUGCCGAGUACUCUCGCGAGAUCUUCGCCUACAUGGCAAAGUGCGAGAUGGAGACCAUGGCCAAUCCAAACUACAUGGCCUUCCAAAACGAGAUCCAAUGGCACAUGCGCGCUACCCUCGUCGACUGGCUCCUCCAAGUCCACAUGCGCUACCACAUGCUCCCCGAGACCCUCUUCAUCGCCAUCAACAUCAUCGAUCGCUUCCUCUCGGUGCGCGUCGUCAGCCUUGCAAAGCUGCAGCUCGUCGGUGUCAUCGCCAUGUUCAUCGCGGCCAAGUACGAGGAGAUCGUUGCCCCCUCCGUUGACGAGUUCGUAGCCAUGACUGAGGGCGGCCACUCCAAGGACGAGAUCUUCAAGGGCGAGCGCAUCAUCCUCUCCACGUUGGACUUCAAGAUCUCGAGCUAUUGCUCACCAUACUCCUGGGUGCGCAAAAUCUCCAAGGCAGACGACUAUGACAUUCAGGUUCGCACCCUCGCCAAGUUCCUCAUGGAAGUCACUUUGCUCGACCACCGUUUCCUUCGCGCCAAGCCCAGCCUCAUCGCGGCCAUCUCGAUGUUCUUGAGCAAGAAGAUGCUGGGAGGAGCGUGGGAUGAGGGAUUCAUCUACUACUCGAACUUCUGCGAGGAGCAGCUCAUCCCCGGCGCUAAUCUUCUGCUGGAGAAGCUGGUUGACCCUGCGUUUGAGGAGCAGUUUGUUUGCCGCAAGUACGCAGCCAGGAAGUUCCUCAAGGCGUCGGCCUUUGCCAGGCAGUGGGCUGCGACGCAUACCUUUGGCAUGGGUGGGGCGGCGCACGACCAGCGUGGCGUAUCUGAGGAGCCAGUGGCCGCGCAGAGUGGACCGUACCCUGUAGCUGCGGCCGCCGCAUGA